UGUUAAAGUUUACAAGUAGUACCUGAAUGCAGCAAUAGGGGAGGGUAUGCGUCUGAUUCCUUCUGGGCAGUUUCAUGCACACCGCUGCUGCUACGCCAAGCCAAGGGCGAUUGUGGGAAGGAAACACGGAGGUCCUCCGUAUUUGAAAGUCUUCUUCGGCGAAGAUGGCAGCCAUCAGGAAGAAGUUGGUCAUAGUUGGUGAUGGUGCAUGUGGUAAGACCUGUCUGCUCAUCGUCUUCAGUAAGGACCAGUUUCCAGAGGUCUACGUCCCCACUGUGUUUGAGAACUACAUUGCUGACAUUGAAGUAGAUGGCAAACAGGUGGAACUAGCACUGUGGGACACGGCAGGUCAGGAAGACUACGACAGAUUGAGGCCUCUCUCCUACCCUGACACUGAUGUUAUCCUCAUGUGCUUCUCCAUAGAUAGCCCUGACAGUCUUGAGAACAUUCCGGAGAAAUGGACACCUGAAGUGAAACACUUUUGUCCCAACGUUCCCAUCAUACUGGUGGGUAACAAGAAGGACCUCAGGAAUGACGAAAACACACGCAGAGAGCUGGCCAAGAUGAAACAGGAACCAGUCAAGUCAGACGAAGGCAGAGACAUGGCCAACCGCAUCAGUGCCUUUAGCUACCUGGAGUGCUCGGCCAAGACAAAGGACGGCGUGCGGGAGGUAUUUGAGAUGGCCACCAGAGCGGCGCUGCAGGUUCGCAAGCGCAAGAAGAGGAGCGUAUGCCAGCUCCUGUAAAAGGACAGCUCGUGUGCCAAAUGGCCAGUCAGCACCCGAGGAAGGGCUCUCCACUACCACACUGCAGAUAGAGCAAAGGUGGAAAACAUCAGUGGCUUCCAUGGACGAUGCAGCUACGCCACUGAUGAAUAUUAAAGACUUGACACAACAGCAAAACAAAUCAGCCUUUGUAGGACUUUUCCUUUGCUUCUCACUGUUAACUUCUCUGUUUCUUUUCUUCCCUUCUCUGGCACACCAGCCUGUUGAUGUGAAGGACCUCCGCCUUCCUCCUUCCAAUGUUUGUAUUUAUAUGUGCAUUUACUUUACAAAUACAUCUCAUCUGCCUCUGAAAUGAGUGGUGAUAGAUUCCUCUUUUUCAUUUGAGUUCUUAACAUCUGUUUUUCUUUAAAUGAACAUGCCAUUUGUGUUACUCAAGCUUUCAGGCAUUUGUUGCGUAGAGGUGUUUUCCAUUACGUUUUCUGCAUUUCGAAUCUGCGUGACAGUGAAAGCUGCACCAUUUGAAGCAAGUAUUGUAGCAUGUGGUGAUAACAGGCACUGGAGUGGAGACAGUGGGCCAUUGUAACAGAUACAAUGCUUACGAUAUCUCGCCCUAACCACACACACACUGACUAAACAGCAUUAAUCUUCCUCUAAAAUGUCACGCCUGCCUAUCACUAAAAUGCAGGAUGCAUACAUCAUGGUGUCACUCUUACUAAAGACAAAUGUACAAGGCUCAAAACAUGCACAAAGAUACCCUAAUACUCAUGUGGUGUGUUAUAAUACCUUCAACUGACGACUCCAACAGUGCACAUAAUGAACAUGCCAUCCUCAUUUUGAAUAAUGACGCUGGAAACAUUCCCUUGACAUGGUUGAUUUAUAUAUACACCUGAUCAAAAUCUUAAGACCAGUUGAAAAAUUGCUAGAAUUUUCAUUUUGCACAUUUGGAUCUUACUGAGAUUUUAAGGUAGAGCUACAAUAUGCAAAAAGCAAUAAGGGGAGUGAGACAAAUAACAGUUUGAAAAGUUAUUUAUUGAAAACAAACAAAUAGAAAAGUUUAAGACCAUCACUGAAAAAAUAACUCUCCAAACCAGAACAAAACAUUUUCUCAGUAGGACUCAGUAAUGAGUAGCUCCACCGUUCUUGUUAAUCAAUUAAAAAAUUGCUUUGGGCAUGCUUGAUGCGAGUGUUUCCAGGAGGCUAGUGGGAACAUUGCUCCAAGUGGUGAAGAUGGCUUCACGAAGAGCAUCGACUGUCUGGAACUGAUGGUCAUUUUUAUAAACUUCCCUUGCCAUCCAUCCCCAAAUGUUCUCUAUGGCAUUUAAAUGAGGGGAACAUGCAGGAUGGUCCAAAAGAGUGAUGUUAUUCUCCCUGAAGAAGUCCUUGGACAAGCGAGCAUUGUGAACUGCAGCGUUGUCCUGUUGAAAAACCCAGCUGUUACCACACAGACGAGGGCCCUCAGUCAUGAGGGAUGCCCGCUGCAACAUCUGCACGUAAGCGUUUGUCGUUUGAUGACCCUGCACCACCUGAAGCUCCAGUGCUCCACUGAAUGAAAAAGCACCCCAGAUCAUGAUGGGACUGCCCCUCUACUGUGCCGGGUAGAAAACAGCUCAGGUGGGAUCUCCUUGUCAUGCCAGUAACGAUGGAAGCCAUCUGGACCGUCGUUACAUUUUUUCUCAUCAAAGAAUAAAACCUUUUUUCCACCUUCAAUGUCCCAUGUUUGAUGCUCCCUGGCAAAAUCUAAAUGUCUCACUCCCUCUUCUUGUUUUUACGUAUUGUAGCUCUACUUAAAACCUCAUUAAGAUCCAAAUGUGCAAAAUGCAAAUUCUAACAAUUUUUCAACUGUUCUUAAGAUUUUGAUCAGGAGUGUACACAUGUGAAUGAUGUAAUAGAAAUAAAGAAGUGGAUGUAAAAUUGGAAUUCAUAUUGUAUCAACUCUUGAACUUUUAAUUCCAACACAUGUACAUGCUUUGGUGGUUUUCCUAAUGUUAUACUUUUCAUUUAUGGUUCACUCCUCUGAGUUGUAUUUCCCAAGAACUUAGGGUUCUUGUGCCCUCCAGAGGUUACCUUUACGAUUUACAAAAAGUGAAUGAUCCCGCCAUCCUUCAACACUAAUAAAAGUUUUUUUUAAAGAGAA